AGGAGUCUAGAUCAGGCUGGAGCGGUGUUCCGGGAUCAGGGUUUCCUGUGGAUAGAAGCUCAGUAGGGUCAGAGCAGGGAGUUGCUGUAGUUCUGUCUCCACCUGGUCCCAAUGCUUAGUACCUGAAGGCUGAUCUCCUGUCACCAAGAAGAUGCCCUGAAGAUUCCUCUGAUACAUACAAUCACAGCCUUCCUUCACUUCUCUCCUCUCUAAUUUGCCUGAGGGCAAAUGGAUGAGACAGUUGCUGAUUCCAUGGUAACCGCGAGGACCACCCCUUCCCCACCCGUGCCCCCUUGCCCCCCACCCCUUCCUUCAGUUAACCUUUCCUUGCAACCCUCAUGGACCGCAUCAGUGGAGUCACCUCUGCCUCCUCCGCCUCCGACACCUGGAACAUUCUCACUGCCACCAGCACCUCCUCCACCUUCUCAUGCAGUCUCCUUUCCCAUCGCACCACCUGUACCUCUACGCUCCGGAGAACAACGCAGACCCAAAUUGCGCAACUUCAACUGGGAUGCCUUACCCGCUGAGCGAGUGCUAGGGGGGCGUAAUCUGUGGACUUGUGGCCCUCAGGGGACCAGUCUGCACAUAGAUGUCACACACAUGGAGGAACUCUUUGGACAGCGAGAAGAAACACGGAAGCCAAGAGGACCACGCAGUUUCCGAGCUCAAACUCUUCGGGGGGUAACUGAACAUGAGGUGGCUCUCUUGGACUCUAAGAAGAGUAUGAACCUGGGGAUAUUCUUGAAACAGUUUAAGAGACCGGUACAAGUGAUGGUUGAAGACAUAAGACGAGGGGUAGGAUCAAACUUCGGGGCUGAUAAGUUGGGGGAGCUACAGCGACUGCUGCCUGAGAAGGAUGAGGUGAAGAGGCUCAGAGCAUUUAAAGGAGACCGGAGCCAAUUGUCUGAUCCAGAGUUGUUCAUGGUGAUGCUGGUGGAGCUUCCUAGCUUCUCUCAGCGCCUGCAGGUGAUGAUCCUGAAGGAAGAAUUCUUUCCUCAGCUGAACUCUCUGAAACAGUCUGUGGAGAUCCAGACAGUGGCCGCCACAGAGCUUCUGCAGUGUGAGGAGCUUCAUGUGAUCAUUCACCUGGUGCUGAAAGCUGGGAACUACAUGAAUGCGGGUGGAUAUGCUGGGAGUGCCAUGGGAUUUCGUAUGGGAUCUCUCCUGAAACUGGCUGACACCAAAGCAAAUAAACCUGGAAUGAACCUCAUGCACUUUGUGGCCAGGGAGGUAGAGAGGAACAACGUCUCACUGCUGAAUUUCCCGGAGAAGCUGCCACACAUCAGCCAAGCAUCUCGUAUUGUGUCCCAGGAGGUGGAGAGUGAUUUGGAGAUCCUCACUCAGAGACUGCAGAGCACUAAAGAGGCCCUCGGGAAUCAGUCAGACCUCAAACAUGAGAUGGGACCAUUCCUUCAGGUGGCAGAGGUGGAGCUGUGUGAGGUUCUCUGCUCCUUGCAGAGCAUGCGGGAUGCUCGUCGUGCUGUGAUGGACUAUUUCUGUGAGGAUGAGACUACGUUUCGACUAGAGGAGAUGUGUCUGGUCUUCACCACUUUCUGCGCCAGGUUCCUGUCCGCUGUUCAGGACAACAAAGAACGUGAGAAGGCCGAGCACCGCAAGGAACGGCUGGAAAAACGCCGCUCAAUAGCCAGUUGUUCCUCACAAGACAAAGACCUUCAGGACGUGGAACUGGAAUUUCUGCUGCUUCGGCUCCCCCGAAGAAGUCGCUCAGUUAGAGGUCCACGCCCGCUUCCCCGCAGCCACUCCAUUGAGGUUCUUAAUUCCUCCCCUCCCUGUGGUGUAUCGCCCAGAUCCCCGGUCCGUUCCCCAGUUGGCAUCGCUGCAGAGCCUAUCAGAGAGGAGGAUGAUUCUGUUGUGGACCAUCAGCCAAGCCAAGGGUUGAGGAGGCCACGGGCAGACAGCACAGAAGAUGGACAACAAGAAACCCCUGGCAAACUAAACAGAAGGCACACACUGGCCUGCCUUCCUUACAAAGGGGCAAUGGCCAUGCAGUCAGUCCUUCUCUCCUCCCCAGCUGGAUAUUAUAAACAACAUCCACCCCAAGAUGUUGACUCUGGACCUGUUUCCUACCCUUCUCCUUGCACUCCCAAAACGGAUCCCCUUAGCCGGGUCCUGAAGCCUCGGACUACAGAUGGCUCACCAAAGGACCCCGCUUCUCCUACAUCAGGCUCUCCAAAUUCAUUCAGUCUGGGAGGAAUAUUUCAUAGGAGAGGAAAUUUGAAAAGUCCGGAACCUCCAAUGACUCCGCUUGUGGAUGAUUCCCCACGGGGAGGCAAUGAGGCCUCCGCACUUACCACCUUCCUCAGACGUUUUGAUACUGCGCUGCGCUCGCCUAAAUAAGUACAAAUGGAUUUAACGCCUAUAUUGGAAACUUUGUGUAUCCAUGGUCCAGAUUGGAGGCCCACAUGUCCUUCCCCAAUUAAUGUCCUGUGCAGGAGAAGCGAUGAUCUUCUGCAUGGAAGGGGCCAAUGAGACCGUGGGUUAUACGCAGCGUGAUUAUCAUCUCAUUAAUAUGCAGAAAGUUUGUUUUAACCUUGGGACAUGCAAAAAUGCUACAGACGAGGGGGGAAAUGAAUGGGGGCAGGGGUAUAUAGGACCUGCUACCCUGAUAAUAGCACUUUAUGGGUUCUAGAACAUUACUGUAAAAGAGACACGGACUUAGAGCUGCCAUUUUAUCUGUUCAAACAAUUCUUUAGAAAUGCAAACCGGACUGUCCUGCUCCAGUCGCCGUGUUCCCAUCAUGCACCUGGCUGGAUUUGCGCUGCGUGAGUUUUAAUAUUUGUUUUUUAUCUGCAGACAGGACGGUUUGUAAGUGGAUUUAAUAAAGGGGAUUUAUACUGGA